GUAUGGGAGAUGUUCUCUUGAGACACACCCUAACGCGUGUCACCAUGUCGACCCAGCAGCACCAGCUGUUUGUCUCCCUCGACACUUUCCGCUAUUUCCGCCGUCCGCCAACUGCGGAGCAGCGUCCCUCACCCACGCGGUAACAGCUCCCCACACCGUGGAGGCUCGUGCGGUAGCGGUACGGAUCUCGACUUGGGAGUAGCGAGCGCGAAGUGUGAGUGGGUUUGCCAAGGGUGAGCGGAGCGCGCGAAGAGUGACGGCGAUUGUGGGAGUGGGGAGUCGCUUGGAGCGGCGUGUGGGAUCAGGAUUGAGUCCCGAUAAUGUCGAAGUUGCUUAAAGCGAUGGACCCUCUAGCGGGGCUAGAGGAGAGUGAGGAGGACGAGGAGGAGGACGGGGAGGAGGAGGAGGAGGAUGAGGAAGGGGAGGAGGAAGAGGAGGAGGAGAAGGGCGAGGAGGAGUCGAGCGAGGCAGCGGAGGCAGCAAGGCGGCGAAAGGGCGGAGGUAGGAGCAUGCGAGUGGGGAAGGGGCGCUGGCCUAGUUACGCGUUUCUUGCCGCUCCUGCCGCAUGAACGCUCAUUUCGCCUCCAGCCCCGUGCUGCCCUGCUCUCCGCCGUGCGCGCAUGCAGCCCCCCCCGCCGCCCCCCCCAGCAGGGGCGUGGACUACGCGGCGCUGGUGCGGCACGGGCUGGUGGGCGGCCCGUCCGUGCUGCUGGUGCCCGAGGAGCAGCAGACUGGCGCCGUGGACUGGGGAAAGUGGGGCCGCGGGCAAGGCCGGGAGGGCAAGGGAAGGGGCCAGGGGCAGGGGGAUGAAGCGGAGGAGGGGGAUGGGGAGGGCGAGAGGGAGAGGAGGCGGAAAGCUUGGGAGGAGAGCCAGCAGCUGAAGGAACUGGCGAGCGACGCUGGGGCAGAGGCGGCGGCAGCGAGGGCUCUGGCGCACGGCGCAGCGGCGCGGCAGCUGAGGGCCGACAUCGCUGCGGAGCACAGGGAGCGUGUGCGGCAGCGGGGGGGCAGGGGGGGGGAGAGGGGGCGAGGGGGCGGUGAGCGGGGGGGAAGGGACGGCGUCGGUGGUGCGAUGAGCUUCAGCCAGCGCGAGAAGAGGAAGCGGGAUGCGGGGCAGGCGAGCCGGGGGAAGAACUACGUGGAGGAGGAGAAGCGGCAGCUGCGCGACCAGGGGGUCUACUCUGGCUUCGAUGCGUAGCCAUGUACAGGGACUCACUCUCACGCCACGCGCACCAUGGAUCAAGUGUGGUGCAGACAAGGAAUGGAUCAAGCUUGGAUUUGCUAGGUUCGAAACUGCUCAAUACAAUAAAUAAAAGUUAAGUGUUUGGAAAGAGCCAUGUAGAGGGCGAAGUGGAGUGUACACACUGUUGCCAAUUCGAGUUUUGCGAGAUAC